UGCGGAGGGGUGCGGGUAGCUCCUCUUGGCCGUAGCCGCGGGCCGCCGCCGCUCUCCCUUCCUCCCUUAUGGAAGAGAUGGAAGAAGAGCUAAAAUGCCCAGUGUGCGGUUCCUUUUACCGGGAGCCCAUCAUCCUGCCUUGCUCGCACAACCUGUGCCAGGCGUGCGCCCGCAACAUCCUGGUGCAGACACCGGAGUCGGAGUCGCCGCAGAGCCGCCGCGCCUCGGGCUCGGCGGUAUCCGACUAUGACUACCUGGACCUGGAUAAGAUGAGCCUGUACAGCGAAGCGGACAGCGGCUACGGUUCCUACGGAGGCUUCGCCAGCGCUCCCACCACCCCUUGCCAAAAAUCCCCCAACGGCGUCCGCGUCUUCCCGCCGGCCGCCCCGCCGCCCCCAGCUUCCCUGGCCCCUCCGCCUCCUCCCCGCAACGCUUGCCUGACCUGUCCGCAGUGUCACCGCAGCCUGGUGCUGGACGAGCGCGGGUUGCGGGGUUUCCCCCGCAAUCGGUUGCUGGAAGGUGUCAUCGAUCGCUAUCAGCAAGGCAGGGCGGCGGCUCUGCGCUGCCAGCUCUGCGAGAAGGCUCCCAAGGAGGCGGCCGUCAUGUGCGAGCAGUGCGAUGUCUUCUACUGCGAUCCCUGUCGCCUGCGGUGUCACCCGCCUCGGGGACCGCUGGCCAAGCAUCGCCUGGUCCCACCGGCCCAGGGUCGGGUUAGCCGUCGCCUCAGCCCUCGGAAGAUCUCCACCUGCACUGACCAUGAGCUGGAGAACCACAGCAUGUACUGUGUGCAGUGCAAGAGCCCUGUCUGCUACCAGUGCCUGGAGGAAGGCAAGCACUCCAGCCAUGAAGUUAAGGCCCUGGGUGCCAUGUGGAAGCUCCAUAAGAGCCAGCUUUCCCAGGCCCUGAAUGGGCUGUCAGACAGAGCCAAGGAAGCAAAAGAGUUCCUGGUCCAACUCCGCAACAUGGUGCAGCAAAUCCAGGAGAACAGCGUGGAGUUCGAGGCCUGCCUCGUGGCCCAGUGUGAUGCCCUCAUUGAUGCCCUCAACAGAAGGAAAGCCCAGCUGCUGUCCCGGGUCAACAAGGAGCACGAGCACAAGCUGAAGGUGGUGCGAGACCAGAUCUCCCACUGCACGGUCAAGCUGCGCCAGACCACGGGCCUGAUGGAGUAUUGCCUGGAGGUCAUCAAGGAGAAUGACCCUAGUGGCUUCCUGCAGAUCUCAGAUGCUCUCAUCAGAAGAGUUCACCUAACUGAGGACCAGUGGGGAAAGGGGACACUCACACCCCGGAUGACCACCGACUUCGACCUCAAUCUUGACAAUGCCCCUCUGCUGCAGUCCAUCCAUCAGCUCGACUUUGUGCAGAUGAAAGUUUCCUCUCCAGUGCCGGCCCCCCCGAUCCUGCAGCUCGAGGAGUGUUGCACCCACAACAACAGUGCCACCUUGUCCUGGAAGCAGCCCCCCUUGUCUACAGUGCAGGUGGAAGGUUACAUCUUGGAGCUCGAUGAUGGCAACGGAGGCCAGUUCAGGGAGGUGUAUGUGGGCAAGGAGACCAUGUGCACGGUGGAUGGGCUUCACUUCAACAGCACCUACAGCGCACGUGUCAAAGCCUUCAACAAGUCAGGAGUCAGCCCCUACAGCAAGACCUUGGUCCUCCAGACAUCUGAGGACACGCAGUCAGAAGAACAGACCCUCCCUUUUCCAGUGCCUUUGGAAAGAUCGCAGCUUCGUAGAAUGAGUCCUUUCUCCUCCACCCUUAACCUACAACCCAGCUUUCCGGGGAGAUCCUACUUUGAGCUAAGAUCUUCGGCCCACCAGCUGAGCUUGCAUUCUUCUUUACAGUCCCUGAAUUCAGCUGGAUGCAAUUUUGAGACACAAGGAACGCCUUACUCCCAACUAGUUGACAUUAAAAAAAUGGUGGCAGUUGCUUGGUUUUCUUUUGAUCCUGCUUCUGCCCACGCUGACAUCAUCUUUUCCAAUGACAACCUGACUGUCACCUGCAACAGCUAUGAUGACAGGGUUGUGCUGGGGAAAACGGGCUUCUCCAAGGGGCUCCAUUACUGGGAGCUCUCCAUCGACCGCUACGAUAACCACCCCGACCCGGCCUUCGGCGUGGCGCGCAUCGACGUCCUGAAGGACGCCAUGCUGGGCAAGGACGACAAAGCCUGGGCCAUGUACGUGGACAACAACCGCAGCUGGUUCAUGCACAACAACUCACACACCAACAGAACUGAGGGUGGGAUAACAAAAGGUGCCACCGUGGGAGUGCUGCUGGACUUGACCAGAAGGACUUUGACGUUCUCCAUCAAUGAGGACCAGCAGGGGCCUGUUGCCUUUGAGAACCUGGAGGGCCUCUUCUUCCCCGCAGUCAGCCUCAACAGGAACGUGCAGGUGACACUGCACACCGGCCUGCCGGUCCCCGAGUUCUACACUUCGCGCUCGGCCAUGCCGUGAGGCUGCUCCCGGAGCCGGCUGCCUCUUCUCGGGCCGAGAGGAGCCAGCCCGUUCCCUCCCGUGGGACACGACCAGCUGCCGAGCCACCGGGUCCCUGCUCAGCCACCAGCCAGAGAUGGGGAGGCAAAGUGGGGAGGAAGAACCUGGCUUCUGGCCAUCUCCUGAUCUAUCUCCACCCUCCCGCGCUGUCCUGUGUGUGUGCGCUUCGCUGUGUAGCUCUUUUUGGCUGAUGAAGUACCUAGGUAGCCUGAGAUGUUCCUCUGUGUCUGCUUUUAGGUUUGGUUUUAUUGAUUUCAGUUGGGGUUUUGAUGGGGGGGGGGGAGGGGGGAAAUUUUGUCUUGGUGCGGCUGGAUGGAUGGAUCCCCACCAUGGGAAAGCUUUCACCCGCUCCAGCCCCAUUACGUUGCAGGAUCUCCCUAGAGGUGUUCAAGGUCAAGUUGGAUGAGGCCUUGAGCAGCCUGGUCUAGUGGAAGGUGUCCCUGCCCAUGGCAGGGGUUUGGAACUAGUUGAUCUUUAAGGUCUCUUCCAACCCAAACUAUUCUGUGAAUCUUUCUUUCCCUGCCAUGGCCUUUCUGGCAGAGCACCCUUGGUAAUGUGUAGAGGUGGGUCCUGGAUUACCACUCGGUUUCCACAUCUUUCCCAAAACACCCAGCUCCGUCCCUUGUCCCCCUCAAGGUGUUUCUAUGGGGCACAACAGUGGGGUCUGGAGGUGGCCACCCUGUCUUUUGGGUGCUGCAGGUGCUGGUGAGCCCUCAAUCCGGUGCUGAGCACCCCCAGGGUGCCCUCCUCCGUCUGGCCGCAGUCCAGCGCCGGCACGCAUGCCACAGCCAUAGGCCGAGAGCCUCGCCUGGCUCCUCGGAGAGUAGCUUUUAUUUUUGUAGAGUUGCCGUACAAAGCCAAGCCUUAACCACUGCCAGUGGCCUCCCCACUGCCUGAGAGGCCAGCCUGCAGCCAGGGGCUGGCGGGAACACGGGGUGGGCAUGGGGAUGGGGAUGGGGAGGAGGGAGAGCUGGUCAUAGCCCUGCCAUGCACUCAGGAUGAGAAUGGGAAUGGGGAUGGAGGUGAGAAUGGGGAAGAGAAUGGGGCUGGAGGUGAGGAUGAAGAUGGGGAUGGGGAUAGAGGUGAGGACGAGGAUGGGGAUGGGUUUGGAGGUGAGGAUGAGGAUGGAGAUGGGGAAGAAGAGGAGCUGGUCAUAGCCCUGCCAUACAUUCAGGAUGAGGAUGGGGAUGGCCUUGGGGUUGGAGAUGAGGAUGGGGAUGGAGGUGAGGAUGAGAAUAGGAAUAAGAUGGAGAUGAGGAGGAAGAGAUUGUCACAGCCCUGCCAUACACUCAAGAUGAGAAUGGAGAUGGGAAUGGGAAUGGGGAAGAGAAUGAGGAUGGGAAUGGGGAUGGGGAUGGGGAGAAGGAAGAAGGAGACACAGCCUUGCCAUGCACUCAGGAAGAGGAUGAGAAUGGGAGAUUAGGAUAGGAAUGGGGAAGAAGAAAAGCUGGUCACAACCCUGCCAUGCACUCAGGAUGAAGAGGGGGAUGGGGUUGGAGCUGA